UGGGAGUCGCGCAAUGCGUAUGAUUUGUUUUGUGAGCUGGUAAAUAAACUAAAUAGCUAACUGUUAUAUAUCAUCACUGCAGUUUUUUGAAAAUAAUUGCAGUUCAACUGCUAGAACCGUCAGUAUUAUCAAGCAUCAUCAUGAGUACUCAAGAACAACAGGAGAUGUCGAGAGUCACGAGGAAAUCUCUCAAAACACUUCAACAUACAGCUUCGGAUCGGGAAAACUUAGUGGGUAGGCCAUCAAAAAGUUUGAAGCAUCAACUGAGUCAGGAGUCCCCUGUGUCUGUGGAUGUUGAGGUUAAAAGGAAGAACUUGUCUACCAAAGAAACUCAAGCAAACUUAGAUACAACAAUAACUGUUGAUGAUUUGACAAAUCCUGAAGGUCCAUCAGAAAAGUACUGGCAACUUCUUGCUGAGAAGCGUCAAGUUGCUUUACAAGAAGCAUUAGAUGAAAAUGAGAAAUUGAGAAAAAUCAUUGAAGAUCUGAAGGAAGAGAAUGCUGUUUUCAAACAGAUGCUGGAAGAGGCUAACAGCUUUGUUGAAGUUAUCAAGGAGGAACUGGCCAAUACCUCGAACAAUGACACUGGCAUUGAUGUCAAUGAUGUCAGCACUGCAGAUGAAACUACUGAUGAUGUGGAUACCAAGACUGACAACUAAUAAUAGAGUACUAUUGAUAUAGGUCAGGGAUAGCAAACCUAUCAUGUAAUUUAAUAUUUUGAUCAUAUCAGCACUGGAUCACAAAACAUAAAGCCAAAUUCACUUGUAAUGUCUCUGAAGUUGCAGGUUUUGCUGAUGUACUUAAGCUAUGGUAUCCAUCAGCAAAGCAGCUUGUAAGAUGUAUAGCUACCAGACCUAUGAUUGCUACUAAUUUGAAACAUUAAUAACCACAAAAACCUUUAUUUACAAAUAUUGUUAAAGGUUCAUCAUUCCUGACCUGUAUCCUAGUUUCUAUCAUGAGAACUUCAUGCCAAAUGUUUUUCUUAUAUCAUUAGCCAAUAAUAAUUAUUGUAAAACAUAAUAUGUCCAAUGAACUUAAUCAUAAUGUUGGUUAAUGCUAGCAUAGUGUGGAUAAUGUUUGUAAUUUUCCUAGUAUUUUUUGUGUGAAACCUAGACUUCAACUAACCUGUCUUAAUGUUAUGCAAUGACUAAUACAUUAGGUGGCAUAUGCAUUGCUUCAUUAAUUUAUUACAUUAAAUUUGAACACUUAAUUCUAAUACAAGAUCAAACAGCAACAGUGGUUUUUCCUUGUUUUAUCUUUUGAUUUUUUGCUACAAUUUACAUUUCAUUAUUUUAUUUGAGUUUAAAGGUUCAAUCUUAUCAAUAAAAAUUUCGUUUCCUAUAAUUUGUGAUUUUCUUUUUGUUUGUACUGUGUAUUGUAAGGAGAAAACCAUUAUUAAACUUUAAUUUCUAAAGGAUAUAAAUAUUUAUUUGAUUUCAUUUAUACAACAUUAUCAGGUACAAUAAUUACUACUCAAAUAUUGUACUAUAGCCAGAGGCGGCGUAAGGCAUGGGCAAUUUUUUAUCUUUCGUUUUCAGGUUGCUACAGAAAAGGGCCUCGCUAAAUCUGUCUUGCCCACAUUUAAAUGAGGUCUUACCCCGCCACUAACUAUAGCACCCCAAUAAUUUAUUUAUUCAUGUAUGUACAAAUAGUGAAUAUAAAAAAUAAAUGUUAAGGCACAACUAUCAAUAUUUAUUGUUGUUGAAAUUUUAAGAAAGCUUGAAACUGUGCAUCGAAAUUAGUCUCAUAUGUCCAUGGCAUUAGGUCGGGAUACAUUGUGAUUUGCCUAAAUAGAUCAACAUUAGCAUUUUGUGGCAAUACACUCCUCACUUUUUUGUUGAGGCACCCUGAAGCAUGAAUGUAGUUAUUUACAAUAAGGUUAUAAAUAAAAUUAACAUAUUUAUGGUCUAAAUUAUCAGAAGUGUUAGGAACAGUUGGAUUGUGGGACUUGAUUUCUUCCAAGUAACCAGGAGUAAUAAUGGGUAUGAUGAUAUCCGCCUGUAAAUGAAAUAAAAAUAAAAUCAUUAACUAUAUCAACACACUAGCUACUCAAGCGCGGUUUCAUCUGCUGCAUGGCUCUUUCAGAUUUUUGCGUGAUGUUUUAUAGCCUAAAGCUUUUCUCAAUAAAUGGUCUAUUAAAGAAGUUCCUGAGAUUAGCGCAUUCAAACAAACAAACAAACUCUUCAGCUUUAUAAUUAUAUUAUAAAAUACCUGUAUAGAUUAUUACUUAAGUGUGUGAUCAUUAGAUCUACAUAGGUACUCACUUUUUCGAAAUAUUCCCUAAUAAAUUUCUCUGGAUUUUGAUACAAUUCUUCCCUCUUGUUGUUCAAAGUGAUGACUUGAACAUUUGGUAUCUCAGUCCAGUUUUCAACAUAUUCUUGUAUAUUCACUGCAGUUGGAAAUCCAUCUUGAGUGUAAGUAAGGAAAAAAAUUGGGGUAUCAUUAACUAUAGGCUCAUUUGGUGUUGAAGGUAUCUUCAAAGCUGGUUGCUUUGGUUUCUUAGGUUCCUUAUCUUGAGAGACCACCUUGUUGCUGAGAGCUGCUGGUAAAUUAUUGGGAAUAUUUUUUGGUCUAACAACUUCCCUUUGACCUGAGCUUUUGCUUUGAUAACCACUAUCAUCCUUAUUGAAAAAUUGAGCUAUUUUGCAAAGUGGUUCUUCCAUUGAUUUUAAAAUAUCAUACCGCUUCAUCUUAAUGAAAGCAUCUAUGAUUUUGUCAAUUGUUGCAUUCUCAUUUUGUCUGAAUACUUUUAACACCAUGUCAACAUGGUCCUCUUGGACUGA